AAUCAAAUCACAGGAAAGAGAGGCACAGGUUUCCGGCCUAAAGAACGACAACACAACUCCGGUCUGAAAGACAAACAGGAGAAGCCGUGUCUCGUAAAUUAUUUAACGGGUUAGUUUUUCCACAUACAGGCAUAAUCUACCAUGCUCCAGUAACUAAUCACUCAUUAAAUCCCAAGAGUUGGCAGUGGUACUGGCAUGGCUGUUUACUGAACUGCUUCUUCCUCACCAAGCAUUGGUGUGCAACUUCCCAGUGAACGAGACUGAACUACUAUCAUCAUGGAAACAGAAACAGAAGUAAUUCCCAUUUGGCAGAAUAAGCCUCAUGGAUCCACCCGUAGCGUUGUGAGAAGAAUAGGUUCCACUCUUCCACUUAGACCUCCACAAAGGGCAUGUUUCCAGGAACUACCAGGCCCCCCUCUUAGGCCUAUGGAUGGCCCUAUGGUUCCUACUUUGGCAGACAUAGCCUGGAUUGUUGCAGAUGAAGAAGAGACAUAUGCCAGAGUGCGGAGUGACUCUCGUCCUCUGAAACACGAAUGGCGGCCCACGCCCCUCCUGGUUCUCCACAGGAACUCAUCUGUGCCUAACUUCCGCCGUGAGGGCAAAAGGAUGGAGGGACUUAGGAAGCCUGGGGUGACGGCGCUGAACCGUACUACCGCCCUGCAGGACGAGCUCAGCAGACUCCGUGCGCAGAUCGCCAAGAUUGUGGCAAGUGAUUCUGGCUCCAACCCCCUGACCCCAGACCUGCUCUCCCCUGACGACACCAGUAUGAGCUUCUCCAUGGCGCCUUUCGAGACCGCGCCCUACCAGCCGGCUGCCACGGCUGCCGCUUCCUUUGUCAUCAGCGAUGUCACUGAGGAGGAGGAGGAGGAGGAGGAAGAAGAUGAAGAUGAGAAAGAUGUUGUCUCUGUGGUGUCGGAGCUUGUCCCCGACCCUCUGCCGCCUGUUUCCAUGACGGCAUCAGCAACCUUUGACCUGGACAGACCCAGCAUGGACUUCCGGGAGGCAGAGGAGGAUACAGUGUCGCUGUCAAAGUCCACCAGCUUUGCUGAUGUUAUGGACAUCCUGAAGGACAUGAACCGCAUGAAGAUGAGCAAAGACAGGUACAACAGAGGCUGUACGUCCCUCAGAGAGGAGGACUCAGCCAGUCUGAUUUCAGAAGCUCUGAGGAAAAAGUUCGUCCUGAAGGAUGAAGAUACUGCCGCUAUGAAACGGAAGUAGCCUGAACCAUAUGUUUAUCAAUACCUGAUUCGCUGCUCCAUGCUUUUGCCUGUGGAAUAUGUACCCUUGGAUCCACAACCUUGCUCCUCAGACCCAAGGCAAUAGCUGUCUGCCAGAGUUAGAACAAAAAAACACUUUGUCCCAGACAUUGAAAACCAAAUGCGAACUUCACAGCGCUGGUGCGGUGUGAGGGGGAACAGUCAACUCUCCAUAACAAUAAUCAGUUUCAGCACUGCAUCGCGUGUUGCAUCCUGUCUGUUUCUGUCUGUAAAAGGCUUUUUAUUUUUGGAAUAAUUUUUAAAUGAGGACUCAGCAGACUGGUUCCACUGCGGUCCAGAAAGUUGCCGUGUCUGGGCGUUUUUGAUUUUAUUUUUGUGUCUGUGUGUGUCUGUCUGUCUGUGUCUGUGUCUGUGUCUGUGUCUGUGUCUGUGUCUGUGUGUGUGUGUGUGUGUGUGUUAUAGCACAUUGUGGAGAGGCUGACAUCCAAACAAUUAGAACAGAUUCAUGGGACUACAAGUGAGGAAUGUCCCUUUAAAAAAAAAAAAUCUUUAGUCCCUAUUUUCCACAGAAGUGAUGCAAAUAAACAUGUUAUUGUUUGUUUUUUCAGUUAUGUAAAGAAGUCUUCUAACAUACUUGAAAACCUUUUAUGUACAUAAGAAACCGAUCUUGUGUACAUGCUGAGAUGUACUGUAGCUUAAUACAGUGUGUAUGGAGGGAAAAUAACUUCGGAUCUUUGCUGUUUAAUAUUUGCAUCCCAGUACUGAGUUUGCACAUGUGCACAGCAUCAUGUUGCUUGCUCUCCACUGCACCUCUUAUGCCUAUCCUCUUGUUUGUAAUGAACAUAUUGAUAGUCACUGAACCACAAGACACUAGGUUUGAAACCCAAACUAUAAUAUGCUGUUGAUAGAGUUUAAUGUUUGAGGUGUAUAAGUCCAAGGAAUACUUAAUGAGGUAUGUGAGUGAAAUUGCAUCUUUGUUUUCAGCUGUUUGUAUUUCCAGUUAAAGCAACAGAUACAAGCAUGCACAAGUCUUUUAGAUACCCCUUUCCCAGUUUGCAGAAUGUGCUAACUGGUAGAUGAAACCACCUUUUAUGAUGUUCUUUAAUGACGCAACAUCAAAGAGGGGAUUUCAGUUUGGGUAGAGAGACAACUGAGCUUCGUGUAAGAGUGCUUUUACAUCAUUCUGUAUGCGGAGUUUUGACAAAACCAUGUGUGAAAUUCUUGUGUGAGUCUUGAUGAUAAUGAAUAUUCUUGUUGACGCCUUACCACAGAUCUAUUGCCUGUUCCAGUGCCGGAUUUUAUUCCUGCAUUAGUUCAAGUGCCAUGGGUUUGUUUUUAUCAGCACACCCUCAUUGCCUGCCCUUUGGUGGUAGUGGUAUUGCUGAAUGGUUUAAAAAUAACCCCACACAAGAAAAGAUUUUGCUGUUAUGUCACUUUUACCUCCACCCACGUCACUCCAACUCGGAUUUUCAUCUCUCACGUUUAUGCCUUCAUUGCUGUGAAUCCUUUGGUGUAGUUUUGCAGUGUGAAAAGGUAGCACCAAGUCUGUCUGUUUGGAUUGAACAUGAAUGUGCCCGUGUGUAUCGGUGAAUGCGGUGGAGUUAAAAUAUGUUUUGUCUUAAUAGAAUUGGCCCUCAACUUGUCUUUGGUAAUCUUCUCUAUAGGUAAUUUCCUUAUUGGUCAAAGUUAAGUACAAACUAACUAGCUGAGAAAUCUACUAUAUGCAAGUUUAAAUAUAUUAAUUGUAUGUCUGUACUUGAGAUGUUGAACCUUCACAUCAUACUCUACCAACUGCAUCACUACUCCUGAUAAUAAGUUGAGAGGAUCAUUUUUUUUUCACAGGCUUUGUUUGUAGUUUAAGAGUUUCUCACCAUUUUACCUCUGUAUAGGGUUGAGCCCAUCACUAUCUGUAUGUUUGAUUGUUUUGUUUUUUUUGUGAAGUUAGUACGUGUAAAUAAAGAUUGGCUGAUGUUUUGAAACGG